CGUGUAUUGAACGACACAUACCUUAUUUCGAAUUGGAGGAGAAAGCACGGUUUUUUUUUAUCUGUAGUCUCCUUCGCUUAUUUUCGACGGCGAUCAACAUGACGACUAUAUUAGAGAUGAACACGGCGACGAAUUUUAUGAGGACGGCGAAUAUGAAUUUCAGUGACUCGUCAGACAUUGUGAAUGUCUGGCAAGAUGUGGAGACAUUCCUGUACGGUGACCUGAACGGGAUGUCGUCGCAGAGUGACACUGUGAGGUACGAGGCUCGAAGUCCUGGUGCCCUCAGCGACUCGACCGCCACCAGUGGGUCAGGUUCCGGUCUCGACACUACCGAGACAUACAACGAUCUUCUAGAUUUGGAUUUUAUACUCAACAACACGGUGGAAAACAAACUGCCCACGUAUGACAGUUGUGUUAACGGCACAAAAAUCAAACAGGAACCCGGGCUGGCUGACUUGUGCAUUCCAGACUUUAGCUCUGCUUUUACCGAUUUACCAGACAUUUCUGACAAUUUAACGAAUAUGGGUCAUCUUCCAGUCUUCGCACACAAAGAAUACACGGAACUGCAGACACCAGCUCAAAAUAAGGUGAUAUAUCCAAAGAAUACUGCUGGCUACAAUAUGUUGCAUUUGCCAAGCGGACACAUGUCACCUCCCGCCUCGCCAAACAGCGGCAUGAUAUUGGAACCCCCACAGAAACGCGCAUACUUCAAGCAGGAACCAACGAGCCCAUCCGUCUCGAUAGCGAUGCAGAUGCAAACAUCUCUCACACCACCCUCAUCACCGCUGCUGGACUUACUCAUGAAUUCCCAGGCGCCGUCUUCGCUCACUGUGGACGGGCUCGGUGCAACGCAGUCCCAACAAACCUCGAAAAGGAAAGGCCGACGAAGUUGGGGGCGAAAGCGUACCGCAAGUCACACAUGUACUCAUCCAGGGUGCAUUAAAACAUACACCAAGAGCUCGCACCUUAAAGCCCACCUUCGGACUCAUACUGGUGAAAAACCGUACCACUGCAACUGGAAAGGCUGCGGCUGGAAGUUUGCACGAUCGGACGAGCUCACGAGGCACUACCGUAAACACACCGGGGAUCGUCCCUUCCAGUGCCAUCUGUGUGAACGCGCUUUCUCGAGAUCAGACCAUCUCUCGCUUCAUAUGAAGAGGCACAUGUAAAAACGUGUCGUUGAACUAUGUACAAACUAUAAAAAAAAACAACACUGCCAUAAGAUGGCUGAACAAUCAUCGACAACACGUAUCGAGAAAUCGUACAAAGUCCGGCAAUAGUGUCAUCAUGAAAGGCUGGCCUUAAUAUGGCAUUCUCGCCGGGGCCCCACCGCUGGCUGGUUGGGGUUGACUGCGCAGCCGCGGUCUCCGACUGGAGAGCGCGGGACAGUUCUUGCGUAAUAUCGUCGAUGAAUUGCUCGACACGUUCACACAGUACUGCUGCCUAUGAACUUUUUUUUUAUGAACUUACAGAUGAACUAUCUCACUUAAUUCAAAAUUUUUCGAAAGUAUAAAUAUAUAUGUAUAUUGGCAAUUUUUCAUAAUUAAUAGUUUUGAAGCAUUCUAGAGUAAAACUUGAUAUAAGCCGACUAGAUUAUUCAAACAGGGAUUUUCAUAUAGGUGCUGCCUGAGAUUUCAGAUAUUUUAUAUCGCACAGUUAGUAUAGUGCAAUAAAACAAUUAAAUUCAAUGGGAACGAGGCUGGGUUUACAAUAUGUAAAUGAUCUUUGAUCCGGUCAUCAUCAACAAGUUUCAUUUUAUAUUGCCUUCUACAUUGCCUUCCGAGGUCUAUAUAGUACUCGUACCCAACGUCUGAAGAAAAAACACUUCCCCGUAUCCCCUGCUGAUGGCCACACCUCGGCCAUAUCGGAUCAUUUCAGCUGAUAUUUCAGUCGCACUUUCAAGUUGUCGACCGUUUACCUCCAUGCUGCAUGUGACAUUCUAUUCUUAUUAUGAACUUCAAGUUCUUGUAUAAAUGAUCUUUUUAAGUAUAUUUAUGUACAGUAUAUAUGUAUUGAAACUUUUUAUUAUGAAGGGUAUUACAAGAAAAUGUCGAAACU